GGGGGGGGGGGCGCCUCUGGCUCUUAAAGGGGGCACGGCCCUGGGGUGGGGCCACCUCGGGGUGAGAUGGAGCGCGGCCCGGCGGAGGAGCCCCCCGCCAUGGAGCUGGGCCGCCCGGGCCGGCAGCGCGUCCCCGACUGCAUCCGACGGCAGAAGCGCCGGGAGCUGGAUGCCCGCCGCAGUAAAUGCCGCAUCCGCAUCGGGGGGCACCUGGAACGCUGGUGUCGCCUCAAGGAGCAGCUCGGCUUCGCCCUGCACUCCCAGUUGGCCCAGUUCCUCCUCGACAGGUACAGCUCCCACGGCUGCGUCUGGAGCCCAGGCGAGCCGGAGCCCAGCCUUCUCCAUGCCGAUGCCCUGCAGCGCCUGGUUGCCCUGUCCCAUGGUCAUGGCCAAGAGUGUGGUUUCAUCCCCGACGUGAAGCCCCCAGCUCCAGGCAGCACGUCCCAGCUGGUGUGGGAAUGUGUGGCUGGGCACAGCUUCUCCUGGGGUGUCCCUGAGGCAGCGGGGUACCGGACCCCCACGACCAGCCACCACGGAGAGGAACGACAGGGGGACUCGGGGUGCACGCCCCCACCAACCACCGGCCGCCGGCGCUCGCUCCGCCGAGCAGGGCUGGCCGCUGGGUCCGGUGCUGGGAAGGGCGAAGCCAAACUGGAGGGAGCAGCUCAGUCGCCCGUCGCUGAUGGGGACCAGAGAGAGGAGCCAGCAGCUGGUAGCGAUGGUGGUGAUGAUGGUGAUGCAGCUCCCAAAGUGCCAGCAGAGAUGGGGACCACGGCAGAAGAUCACAGGAGUGCACUCGUUCCAGAGGAGAAAACGGAGCAGGGGGCUGAGCCCCAAGAGGAAGAGGAGGACGAGGACUUUGCCGAGGAUGAUGACCUUGCCUACACCGAUGACCUGCGUGAUGAGAACUACCACCCAUCUCUGGACAGUGACUCUGAGCUGCAGCGACAACAAAGCCAGACCAAAGCCCGUAAGAAACCCAUAAAGGAGGAGCAGCCCCGAAAUGAGCCGAGUCUGACCAGCUCCACCCCAUCGGAGAUGAGUGGACGAGUCAGCUGCAAGAGGCGAGCCCGGCCGUGCGACGAGGACAUGGCCCAGAUCGGCCCGAAGAGGAUCAGGAAGGCAGCGAAGCGCGAGAUCCUCCUGUGCGACUUUGAAGGCUGUGGCAAGAUCUUCUCCAACCGCCAGUACCUGAAUCACCACAAGAAGUACCAGCAUGUCCACCAGAAGACCUUCACCUGCUCAGAGCCCAGCUGCGGGAAGUCCUUCAACUUCAAGAAGCACCUCAAGGAGCACGAGAAACUGCACAGCGACAAGCGGGACUAUAUCUGUGAAUUCUGCGCCCGUUCCUUUCGUACCAGCAGCAACUUGAUCAUCCACAGGCGUAUCCACACAGGGGAGAAACCCCUGCAGUGUGAGAUCUGUGGCUUCACCUGCCGCCAGAAAGCCUCCCUGAACUGGCACAUGAAGAAACACGACGCUGACUCCUUCUACCAGUUCUCCUGUGACAUCUGUGGCAAGAAGUUUGAGAAGAAAGACAACGUCACUGCCCAUAAAAGCAAAAGUCACCCGGAGGUGCCCGGUGGACCCCCACAAGCUGAGGGGGGCCAGGGGCAGGCUGUGCCAUCCCCACCGCCCAACCUCGGCGCAGGGAUGCAGGCAGGGCUGGAGCAGCCGGAGGUACCCGGAAUGGUGGCCGUGGAGAUGCCAGGGCUCGGAGACGCUCCGGGGAGUAGCGGUGAACCGGAGAAGACCCCCCCGUCUCCUUUUGCAGCCUCAGCCGAGUAUCAGAGGGGCGGUGGGCAGGAUCCAGCUGCGCCCUGAGGCCAGGUGACGGAUGGCGUUGGCUUGUAGCAGGACUCAUCCUCCAGUUCGUGGCCUCCCGUGGGGCCAGGAGGACCAAGGCAGCAAGGUGAAAUGACGCCGGCCCCCACGGCACGUGGCAGCAGCACGUCCAGGUGCCAAAAAUACAAGGGACAGGGGGAAAUCCCACCGAAGGCUUUCCCACCCCAGCCUGGGCUUCCCUCAAGCUCGCAGCAGCACCGCCACAAGCAGAGAGCAUCUUCCUGCGAGGAGGGAGCGUGAGGCUGCCGGAGGCAUUGCCAGGGCCCUUAAUAAAGACUUUUUUUUUUUUUUUUUUUUUUUUUUUUUACAUAAAAUAAGUGGGUUUCCCCACUUGCGCCAGCCGCCUCUGCACCUCAGUGCUGUUUCUAUGAAAAACAAGAGGUAGAAAAGCAAGACUUCUGUGUGUGCAGCCUGCCUCAACACCCCGGCCAAAGGUCAUCUGUAUUUAGCACAAUAAAAAAAAAAAAAUAA